AUGCAUGCCUUCAUCAAUGCAGCCGCCCCUUGGUUGAACGAGCAUUUGAAGUCGCUCAUCAGAAAACACGUACCCGAUGUUGUCUUCAUCGACGACUUUGACGAGUUCCCCCCGGGUGUGCCUGUUGUCUUCCAGUUCUGCGACGGUUGGGAGCUCAACCGCAACUUUGCCGUCCUCAACGCGGCCGAGAACGGUCUGAUCAAUGCCUACCCCAACAGCGAUGCCCUCGCGCGCAAGGACUACCUCGCCCGCGUGGUGGAGUACUGGACGGCGAAGCGACCCAGGAGCAUUCUGGCCAAGCACGUCCCGGAAACGGUGCGGCUGACGCUGGACUACAGCGAGUACGUUGAGGAUGCUCUGAUGGCGGCCGACGACCUCUCUCUUCUGUGUUCCCUGGAGCAGAAUGCGGACAGAGAGCCGUCCUACCGGGAGUGGUGGAUCCUCAAGCCGGCGCUGGUGGACUGCGGAGCCGGCAUCAGGCUGUUCAGCACCAUCGAGGAGCUUGCGAGCCACCUAGAGUUGGCUGAGAACGAGACCGACGACGACGACGAGGAGGAGGAUGAAGAGCGCGGGAUCGAGGCCAUCAAGACACCAUCACUCGACAGCGAAGACACCGGCGCUGACAGUGGCAAGUUCACACCGACCCUCUCCACGCCCGGCCUGGAUUCGCUGGAUGGCCUGGUCACGGCGACGGGGGCCCUCGGUCUCGACAAGUCCGGACCAGAUUCAGAAGAAACACGGCAGCAGCACAAAACCGCCCGAGCAAAGAGGCCGCAGUAUGUCUUCAAAGCCGGCGGCCGGAUCCCGUCGGCGCAGAUGCGGGCCUUCGUCGCGCAGCGCUACGUCGUCUCGAUCCCGCCCAUCUGCGGGCGCAAGUGGCACGUCCGCGCGUACGCGCUGGCGAUCGGGCGGCUCAAGGUGCACGUGUUCCGCGACGUACUGACGCUGCUGGCGGCCGAGGACUACCGGCCGCCGUGGGAGAACCCGCCGCUCAAGGCGUCGCUCACCAACACGGCGCUGCAGGACGAGGACGAGGUGGUGCGCAACGACUCGAUGCGCGACUUCUGGGACCCGGCCGCCGUCCCGGACGACCUGUUCCCACCCGGCCACCGGCGCCACCCUCACUGGAAGCGCCACGUCUUCUACCAGAUCUGUGGCGUGGCCGCCGAGCUGUUCCGCGCGGCCGCACACACCAUGGCCGACAAGUUCACCGCGCUGGAUCGCUGCUUCGAGCUGUUCGCGCUGGACUUCCUGGUCGACACGAACGGCAAUGCCUGGCUGCUUGAGGUGAACGAGACGCCGGCGUUCUAUCAGCAAGGCGUGGCGGGAAGUCUGGCGCUCCGUCUCAUGGACUCGGUGGUCUGCGUGGCAAUGGAGCACAUGGGAAUGGCGAGGCUCGGUGAUCCCCGCAAUGUGGUCGCGAGGAAUCGCUUUGUCGAAGUGCUGGAUGAGACGGCGAAGCUGGGAAGGAGCAACAUCACGCGCAUCAUACCCGAGUGA